AUGCAGAAUAAGAUAUAAUAUUACCUUUCUCAAACAGGGAUUGAUAGAUUAAUAAAUGGUGCUUUCAAACAAGUUACUAUAGAUUAACCUAGCGACCCAAUAGUUUUCAUUGCUGAGUAUUUGCCAUUUACUGAAGGGGAUGCUGUCACCAUCACUAAAAAUAAAGUAGCUGGGGUAAACUAUCAGUAAAUUAAAACAAAUCUAUAAGCCAUUGCUGAAGACUAGGAAUAAGAAGAUGAUGAAGAUGAUAGCUUCAAUGAAAAGACUUUAAAUCCAGGUGCUGCAUAUCAAAUGGAACCUCAUAAAUAUUAGACCAGUGUAUUUUAUAAUUCUCCAAACCAGACCAGAACUAACACUAGUCUAAAUGGUUAACAUCCAACUGAGGACGAUUCAAAACUCUAUAUGAUGAUUAAAAACAACUCAAUAUUGACAUUAAGUGACAUUAUUGAACAAUUCAAGGAUGACUUCUAGCAAAAUCUAGAGCAAUUAUAUGAGUUAGCUUCAUAAAAUUAAACCUUAGCAUUAGUUGAUGAUCAGAGCAAAUCAUAUGGUGAAAGUACUCCUACAGCUAAAAUGUUAGAAGAAUAUCUAAAAAUUAGAUCCAAAAAGUAUUAAAAUGUUAUCGAAAUUAAUUAACUGGCAAAAGGAGGAGAAGCCAUUGUCUUUAGACUUGAGCAUCAUGAAAUUGAUGAAGUAGUUAUAAAAACUAAUUUGGAUUUAUCUAACAAUUCUUAGAAGGCUUUUAUUGACUUUAUGAGAGAGACUCUUUAUUUGAAGAUUCUUUAAAACAAAGACUAUAUUGCUGAGGUUAGAGAAGAAAUUAUUCAAUAUGAUCAGCAUAAUAGAAAGAGCUUAGAGGACACUAGAUGA